GCACUGCAGCAGUACAAUGACUCGCGUGCACGAGUCCAAACUUUACAGCAUCUGACUUGUGCCACCUUUGGCCUACUAGUACAACCUCUAACUGGCCGCAAUGGAUUUUGAGUAUUUUUUUUUUAAAUUCAUAUCCUUAAGCUCCACGUACAAGUUUGUUCUGUCCUCGCUAGGAGGACAAUUUAGCAUAUUUGAAGACACUGUAGAAUCCCUGAGCACACUAGCAUCAUUGUUGCUCACUACUACUGCCACUUUCCAUUAGUACAACUUCUUGGCGUACUAUUAGGAAGACUACGUUAGAAUUGAGGAAGAAUUGCUCUACUGACAAUUGCGUUUUUCUAGUACUAGAUGUGACAUAAAUUUCUACUUAUCAGCAUCUAUAGUGCUUCUUAAAUAGUACUAGUAACAUGAAGAUGGUGACUAGUGCACUAUUUUGCCUCACUAUUUAAACGUAUUACUAUUAGAAUAACUGUUGUAUUUUUUUUCCCACGACAGCAGGACUUUUUCUGGACAUUAGGAGCUACGAAAACUUUUGACAUACUAUUAAGACAACCACAUUACUAGUGAGGCAUCUGUGCUCUACUCGUAAGAUUAGCUGUUACUGAAUAGAACUAAAAAUGUCACUAGUCGCAAUAAUAGAAGUUUUACCUCACUAGCAACAUGUAGUUUUUAUUCCUAGUACAUCAAAAUUAUUCCUUCACACUAGUUUUGGAAAACUACAUGUUACUAGGGAGAGAACACUGCACUAGUUGACCACUACAUGCUUAUAGUACGAGUGACUUUACAAAUUCUACUAGUUCACAUCUAUUGCUUCACUAGUAGUACCAGUGGCACUCAGAUGUCAAUUAGUGCACAGUUUUGUGUCACUACUAACAUGCAAUUGUGCUACUAGAAUAUAAAAUUUAAUUUUCUAGCAUGCAGAAAUCGCAUACAGUUGGGAGAGGUUGUACUGUAGUGAAAAAAAGUUACUAGUGAGACAUUCUCGGCGGUACAGUGGAGCAGCUGGAAAGCAUUAGCGUCAGAGUUCUGAGGACCAAGGUUCAAUCCCAGUCCACCCUAUGUGGAGUUUGCAUGUUCUCCCUAUUCCUGCGUGGGUUUUCUCUGGGCACUCCGGUUUCCUCCCACAUCCCAAAAACAUGCAACAUUAAUUGGACACUCUAAAUUGCCCCUAGGUGUGAUUGUGAAUGCAGUUGUUUGCCUCUAUGUGCCCUCCGAUUGGUUGCCAACCAGUUCAAGCAAUUGGUUGGCAACCAGUUCAAGGUGUACCCUGCCCCUUGCCCGUUGAGAGCUGGGAUAGGCUUCAGCACUCCCGUGACCCUUGUGAGGAUAAGCAAAAGAAAAUGGAUAAGAAAAUGGGUGGACAUUUAUUCUACUGUUGGAGUCUUAAGUUGUUCUCCUGCCUUAUUGUCUUACUAAUCAGGACAAAAACUACUACGUAGAUGACACUUACCUUGGCUUCAAGAUUACUGAAUAAAUGCUGAAACCACUUUCCAUACAUUUGAGCUCAGAGUAUUCAAUUAAUGACGUCCUUUAUUUUUUAUACAUUAUUGUAUAGGUACCAAUGUGAACAAAGUGCUCCAUAAUUAAAACGUACUUACGUACUGAUGAUACACACACGCUAAUUUGGACCUGUUGUGUUUUCAAGUUUUGUUUUUCUCCUUGCCAGAAGACGCCCCGUUAACUGCACUCACCUUAUACGAUUACAACUGCGUCAUGCUUCUGAACGGAUAAAAAUCCUUAUGUAACUUGUAAAAUUCAUAUUUUGUACUUUAGGGUACGUCUCCCUGAUAUAAAAAGUAAAAAGAAUUAUGCAGAGUUAACAAAAAUACGGUGCAUUUUACUGGGGGCAGCAAGGCGGAAACAGAUGAGCACCUCUGCUUUGCAGUUCUGAUGACCGUGGUUCAAAUCCCGGCCCCGCCUGCGUGAAGUCUGCAUGUUGUCAUCGUGCCUGCGUGGGUUUUCUUCGAGCACUCCGGUUUCCUCCCACAUCCCAAAAACAUGCAUGAAGCUUACACCACCGUGUUGCUCAUCGGAAUGCGCAAAGAGGCCCACUCGCAAGUGCUGCACCUCUCUAGGAACAAGCGCUACACCCUCACUCCAGAGAAGCUCAAAUGGGACAAGUUCAAGCUCACAUACAAGUUGCUAUCCUACCCUACAAACUUGAUCAAUGCCACGGACACACGUCGAGGCAUCGCCAAGGCUUUCAGCAUGUGGAGCGACGUCUCGCCCUUCAGCUUCCGAGAGGUGCCAGCGGACCAGGAGGCGGACAUUAAGAUUGGCUUCUACCCAGUCAACCACACCGACUGUCUGCAGUCCUACUUGCACCACUGUUUCGAUGGAAUCACGGGAGAAUUGGCGCAUGCAUUUUUCCCGCCGACGGGUGAGAUCCACUUCGACGAUCACGAAUACUGGAUUCUGGGGAACAUGCGCUUCAGCUGGAAGAAAGGGGUGUGGCUCACAGAUCUCGUCCACGUGGCAACACAUGAGAUAGGCCACGUGCUGGGACUAAUGCACUCCAGGGACUCGAAAGCGAUUAUGCACCUGAACGCAACACUGACUGGCCGCAAGCUCAUCACGCAGGACGAGGUGUGGGGUUUGCAUCGUCUCUAUGGAUGUUUGGACCGGUUCUUCAUCUGUCCUGCAUGGGCUCGGAAAGGCUAUUGUGAAAGCAAGCGCAAGCUGAUGCAGAAGCACUGCCCCUCCAGCUGUGAUUUCUGUUACGAAUUCCCUUUCCCAACUGUGGCUCCGACUCAGACACCCCCAAGGACCAAACACAAGUUUGUGGUUGAGGGGAAAAAGCUGACGUUCCGCUGUGGGAAAAAAAUAGCAUCGAAGAAAGGCAAAGUAUUCUGGUACAAGGACGGCGAGCUUCUGGAGUUCUCGCACCCAAACUACAUCUCUCUGAAAAACGACCACAUCGUUAUCGUGGCCAACGCCAUAAACGAGGGCACAUACACCUGUAUCGUGAAAAAGAAGGACAAAGUUCUCACCAAAUACUCAUGGAGGGUGCGUGUGCGAUUCUGAACGCCUCUGCGGCUCUGAACUGAAAUCUCACUCACACUUCUUUCACUUGGGCACAUAUUACUUUCUUUGUUACCUUUUAUUCUAUCAAAUGAUGACAGUCAUUGUGAAAAUGUUAUUUUAUGUGAGCAAAAUGAAAUAAACGUUCCGUGACCUUAA